CGACGGAUCGCGUGACGUAAAUAAAAAUAAAAAAAACAAAAAAAAACAAUCCUCUUGUUGAAAACAAAGAUAAAGUUCAAUAAGUCCAAAAAUUCAAAUCCGUUAUAAUGUAUUUGUUCCGGGUAAAGUUCAUACAGCUUCUCCGUUAUUGACAGUCUAACUGUGAUAAUUUUAGGCAGGGGAAUUAUUUGGAUGAUUACAAUCUUAUCCUUGAUGGAUCAAUGGUUGAAUCCCUCAACUGAACCAAUAAGCUAUUGAGAUCCGGUCAUCAUUCGUCAGUCUUGCAUCAUUAUUCGUCGUGCGAGGAGAGCAACAUGGAAAAGUGGUUCAAGAUUUGUUUGCUAUUAUGCCUCUUUGGUGUCUUGAAAGAGCUGAGGCCUUCAGAACCGUUUUUAACACAGUACCUUGUUGGACCAUGGAAAAACUUGACUACAGAUGAGGUUUAUUCAGAAAUAUUUCCUGUUUGGACCUAUUCUUACCUAGCACUUCUGGUUGUAGUAUUUCUUGUCACAGACUUUUUGUUAUACAAACCUGUCAUUGUGUUUGAAGGAAUAUGUUAUAUUAUGACUUGGUGUGUUCUCAUCUGGGGUCAGGGAGUAGCAGCAAUGCAGGGAGUGGAGUUUUUGUACGCAGCUGCUACAGCAACUCAAAUUGCAUACAACACCUACAUUUAUGCCCAAGUUCCUUUAUCCAAAUUUCAAGUUGUCACAGCCUACACUCAAGCUGCCUUGUUGACAGGCAGAUGCAUAGCAGGUAUAUUGGGUCAGGUUCUGGUUGCUACAGGGCUGUGUGACUACUACACCCUCAACUUUAUAUCCCUGGCUUUUGUUUCUGCCGCAACUGUCGUCGCAUGUUUCCUACCCAACGUUUCUCAGUCCAUCUAUUUCCAUCGUGGAAAACCGAAAGAAGAUGACAAAGCGCUCGAUCAACUGGAUAGCCCGAACAUGGGUCGUGUAACGGAUGGUGUUGAUCAAAUUACUUCCAAUGACAGUACCGCUUCGGAAACCGAGUGGACAUUGGCAUCUGUCUAUCAACUCCUAUGGAUCGAUUUCAAGUCUUCUUUUUCAAAUGCUUAUAUGCUCAAGUGGUCCCUUUGGUGGGCGUUUGCCAUGUGCGGUUACUUUCAAGUACUUAAUUACAUCCAACCUCUGUGGGAAACAGUGGCUCCGUCAGGAACAAACAAUAUUUACAACGGCGCUGUAGAAGCCACGCAUACGUUCCUCAGUGCUCUCGCUACCAUAGCUAUUGGCUAUGCGCCCGUCAAUUGGUCAGUGUAUGGUGAACCUGUAAUAGCUGUGAUAUCAUUAUUUGAAGGUGCCAUGUUAUACUUAGCUGGCAGUUCUAAUGAACUGUGGGUAGCGUACGUUACUUACAUGGCCUUUUGCAUAACGUAUAGUGUUCUUAUUACAAUUGCAAGUUCGGAAGUAGCAAAAGGAUUGAAACAGGAAAGCUAUGGUCUGGUGUUUGGAAUCAACACAUUUCUCGCCCUGUUUUUCCAAACUAUUCUAACUUUGAUUGUAGCAGAUAGUGCUGGAUUGGCGCUCGAACCUCCGGACCAGUUUAAAGUGUACGGAGGCUAUUAUUUUGUCCUGGGUGUUGUGUUCAUUUCCAUGGCCGCCUAUAAUGCCGGACGUAGAAGUAAUUGAUUUGGCUAGAAAAACUAGCGCACUCGGUAUUUAUGAUUUCGUUCUUCAUGAACGUUACGCAUCUUUCCAGUGAUAGACAAAUUGUUGGUAUGUCAAUGUUACUAGUCUAAAAAGUGAACCAGUGAAAAAAUAAAAGUUUGGCACAAAGUA